AUGAACCUCUUCGGGCGGCGGCGGUCGAAGCCGCGGGGCGCCCCGGCGUCAGGACCCGGCGCAGACGAUCGUGUCGUUGCGGGGCACCCUCGACACGUUGGAAAAGCGCCAGGCCCACCUCGACAAGCAAAUCGCCAAGCAGGUCGCGGAGGCCAAGGCGAAGAUGGCCAAAAAGGACAAGCGCGGCGCUUUAUUUUGCCUUAAAAAGAAGAAGAUGUACGAAGCGGAAAUCGAGAAACUGAACGGCGCGCGCCUGACCCUCGAGUCGCAGAUCAUCGCGCUCGAGGGCACGGUGACGAAUGCGGACACCGUCGCGGCGAUGAAAUCGGGAGCGACCGCCAUGAAGCACGCAGCUGGCUGAUGUCGACGCCGACGCCGUGGGUGAUUUGAUGGACGACAUCCAGGAGGAGAUGGCCACCGCCGACGAGAUCUCGGCGGCGAUCAGCGCUCCUGGCGGCGAUUUGUUGGGAGAUGACGAGCUGCUCGACGAGCUCAACGAGCUCGAGGAGCACGAGCUCGAAAGUCAAUUAUUGGACGCGCCGCCGAUCCCCGUGGCGCCCCUGCCCGAUGCACCGCUCUCAAUGCCUGCGGUUCCGACGCAGCCGCCGGCCGCACCCGCGAAACAGGAAGAUGCGGAUCUCGCCGCGCUGCGGGAGCUCGAGGCGGCGAUGGCGAUGUAG